CCUACAUUAGAGGGCUAGUCGUCCUCGUUGGCUCAUACUUAUUUCUUACUCGUGCGACAAAAGGAAACAAAUAAAAUGUCGAGCGUAAAUGAAAGUGAAACGAUUAUCUCCUUCUAGUCCUCUGAAAGUAGUUUUCUUCUGGGCGUUGACCAGUUACUAUAUCAUUUAAUUAUUCUAAUAAUUCAUAAUGGGAGACAAUUGCAUCAGGUUAGAAAAUUAUGAAAUGCUUAAGGCUUCCUACGACUUCAAGGCCACUUUCGCUAAGACUCUCAGUUUCCGUGAAAAUGAUCACUUUGUUCUGUACCAGACAAAUACAAAAGAGAGAAACUGGUGGCAGGUGGUAAACAGCAUGGGUAAAAUUGGAUACAUCCCUUCAAAUUACGUUACUACAGUGAAGGUGCAGCCGCAGUUUCUAAUUGACUUUCUGGAUAAAUGUAUAAUAAAAUUAAAAGAUGAGGAGCUUGAAGAAAACAGUAGUCUUAAUGUGGAUAAGCAAGAUUUGGUUUUGAGACUUGUUGAAAAGAAAAGGCAGGCAGAAUUAAGUAGAAUAACUAAAAAACAAGCUCCAAUGCCACCAGACUUUGCAAAUACUGAUGCAGUUCCUAGACCACAUAAAGAUAUAACUCCCAGAAAUGUAUAUAGUAAUCAGGAAGGAAAUACAAAGUCUACUCUCAGUAAUACUACAUUCACCACAGCACAAUCUAGUAUUUAUUGUGAAAGAGAUUCUAAAGAACAGGAGCCUGUAGCUCAACAUCGUCGUGGUUCAGUAAAUGAUCAACGCAGACAAUAUCCACGUCAGUCACAAUCAGAAACUGUUCAACGAAUUCAGCCUGAUGUUACUGAUAUCCGUAAAAGUCCUUCCCAUACUAAUGUGCGACAACCUAUGCAAGGUUCACCUGUGAAGAAUGCCUCUUCUUCUUUGACUGAGAUUAAUUCCAAAGCUGCUUACCAGUUGGUAGAUCAAGUUCGACAGAAUACCCAACUUAGUUAUGAACUGUCAAAAAUUGCAGUUAUGGUUGUGGUCUCAGGAUUAAAACAGUUGUUACCUGAUAGCGCAAAUCGCUGUUUGAACGAUGUACUGUCUCAAUUAAAAGCACCAUUGACUGCUUCAAAAUUGAGUAUCGAGGAGACUCUAGAUGCAAAUAGACUCAAGGUUAUUUUUGCGGAAUUGAGUGCCUGCAAGGAGGAUUCACAGCAGAGAAAUUGGAUGCUAUAUGAAGAUGAGUGUAUUAUUGUAGAAUAUAUUAAAGAAUUGACCUCUAUAUUAACGAAUGCAGAUACAAAUGUUUCUCGACAUGCAUUGAGACUGGAUCAGUAUAAUAGUGUUACAACUCUGAUAGAUUACUAUCAAAUGGAAGCAAGAUGGACUAUUAGACAGUUGCUACUGCAAUCUUUUGGUGUUAUGUGCAGCUUAGAUCCUGUAGCUUUAACAAUUAUGUUAAACAGUAUUCUACCAAUGGAAUUGGCAAGAGAUAUGAGAAGUAAUCCAAGGAAUAUUCCAAAAUUGAAUUAUUCCUCUUUAUUAUUGACAAUGAUCUUUUCAAUGGGUGAACCGAUGCCCGUUACGCAUUUAGAACAAUUAGGAGGAGAUUUUGUAUCAUUCCUUGUAGAUUUAAUUGAAACUCCUCCAGAUACUGAUAUGGAGGAUCAGAUUCCAGAUUUAUUUCUGCAUCUUAUUCUGUCUUAUAAUUUGCAAUUCACAAGCUCGGAAAACAUAGUCUUGAAUUCUUUGAAAGAGAGAUCUGUGGCUAAAACAUUCACCGAGAAGAUUUUACUCUUAUUGAAUAGAGAAGAAGAUCCUGUUCGAAUAUUUGAUCAUCAACCAGCGCCACCACAUUCUGUACUAAAAUUAUUUAUUGAUUUAUUCAGUAAUGAAAUAACAGCAUCCCUAUUUUACACAAACGACGCUAAAAUUUUGAUUGACAUCAUUCUCCGCCAGUUAUUUGAUAUAGCGCCUGGCAAUAAGCGACGGCAGUAUCUAGAAUUAUGUCGUCGUAUUGUACGAAGUUCCAACUACAACGAACACCGUCAUAGAUCAGAAGAUCUAUUGAAAUGUUUUACAAGGAUAUUUUGCGAAGAGACACCAGAGAGUCAGGGCGAUCAACAACUUGUGCGAGAAAUCAGCAACGAAUUUCCUCAUUUAUUCAAGAUGUGACAUUUACUGUCAUCCCCAUCCCACGAAGAUUCUGACGAUGAGGAUUUGCAGACACUCGUUUAAACAUACACAUGAAAGCACAAGUGUCAUCUUUAAGUUGACGUUCAUUGAAGGAGAAAUUUUCUCCAAAUUUUCUUUUCAAAUAUUCUCCUCAAUUCUAUGAGCGUAUUGCACAUUUUUUCAUCUCAGCAGUCUCUACUGGAUGAUUAGUUUUCUACUUAGUUUUUUACUCUUAUGAGAAUAAACAGAGGAAUUCGUUAAUUUCACUUACGAAGCUUGCGGCAAAAGUGAUUGAGAAUGUAAAUUUCUAUCUUCAUAAACAAAAACACUUCAAAGUUUUCAUAUGAGAAUCAUUAAUGCUAUAUUAUCAUUGUAGGACUUUUAAUAGAUUCAUUUGGUCCAGUAUCGUAAUUGGUGUACUAAAUUUAAUCGAUGAUGACGCUGUUUCAUGCUUAAAAUAACAAGUUAUGCAUACUCGUAGAUUAAUCUAAAAAGCUAUGACUAACUUUCGAACAGCCGUUCUACGAGGUUGGUAUAAGUAUUAUUGUAUUUGUUCGUAAACUUCGGUCUAGUCCGCACACUGUGCAUAUCGGAAUGGCACUUUAACAUACGUAUAUGAGUAACUACUAUUUAAAGUUGUAACUAGCGAUGAAUGAAUUUCCCAUAAAAUUAGUAUAACGAUGUGACCGUUUAAAAAUUGUCUAGUCUAUUUGUUGUUAGCAGCUUAUAAAUAUUUUUCUGAAUAGAUGUCUGUUAUAAGUCGUAAAAAUACGUCAAUUAUCAAGGAAUCUCAAUUCUACAAUAUAUGAUCGUAGAUAAAAUAUGAAUAAAUCAUAUAAUUUAAACGA